GGAGAUCAAGAGCUGCAAGGCACCUCUCUCUUUCUCUCUCUCUCUCGAUCCCUCGCGAUCUCAGUCGGCCCCCGCAGUCGUCUCUCUCCGCCCGGUGUUUAUAUAUCCAUCAUUCAUCCGUCUGUUCGAGUCCGAAGGAAAUGGAGAUAGAUUCGCCGCCGCCGACGGCCAACGGCGAUACGGCCGUCGCCCCUCCUGCGGCCGCCUCGGCGACGGCGACGGCGACGGCGACGGCGGUGCCCGCUUCCGCGAGGAUGGCGCGGGUGGCGGAAUCGCUUAAGCUGGAGCAGCAGUUCGCGAGGGUGCCCGUGGAGCAUUUCAGGAAGACGAUCAGGGCGAACCAGCGGUGCACCGAGAAGGAGGUCUCCGCCGUCCUCUCCGGCGUGGAGGGCGCCUCCGUCGACGACUCUAUGUCCCGCGAGGACGCCGUCACCCACCUCACCUCCCUCGUCUCCCGCCUGCAGGGCCUCAAGCGCAAGUUGGAGGAAGGAGGCCGGACUGAGAACCUGCAGGAACAGAGGUGCCGGGCCCGACUGGACCACUUGGGUGCGGCGGCGACCGCCCAGGACGUGUCCGACUGGAGCAACACCAGGUUGAAGCGCAUCCUCGUCGAUUACAUGCUGCGAAUGUCAUUCUACAACACCGCUAAGAAUAUCGCUGAGUCUAACAACAUUCAGGAACUUGUAGAUCUUGAUGCCUUUCUUGAUGCAAAAAGAGUAAUUGAUUCUCUUCAGAAUAAAGAGGUAGCUCUUGCUCUGGCCUGGUGUGCGGAAAACAAAUCGAGGUUGAAGAAAUCGAAGAGUAACUUUGAGUUUCAGUUGAGGCUUCAAGAGUUCAUUGAGCUGGUAAGAACUAGCAACUAUUUGCGAGCCAUAGCAUACGCGCGAAAAUUUCUUGCUCCCUGGGGAGUUACCCAUAUGAAAGAACUACAACAUUUCACAGCAACCUUGGCUUUUAAAAGCACUACUAGUUGUCCCAAGUACAAGGUUCUCUUUGAGUCAAGACAGUGGGACAACCUAGUGGAGCAGUUCAAACAAGAAUUCUGUAGAUUGUUUGGCAUGACUCUUCAACCUUUGCUGAAUAUCUACCUGCAAGCCGGCUUGUUGGCCCUCAAGACUCCAUCGUGUUAUGAAGAUAAGUGUCCCAGGGAGGACCCACUGUCACAGGAGGGUCUCCGGAAAUUAGCGGAGCCACUGCCAUUCUCAAAACAAAACCAUUCUAAGCUUGUCUGCUACAUAACGAAAGAGCCGAUGGACACCGAAAACCCGCCGCUUGUGUUACCAAAUGGCUAUGUGUACGGCACCAAGGCUUUGGAAGAGAUGGCCCAUAAAAAUGAAGGCAAAAUCACUUGUCCUAGAACCUGCGAAGUCUACAAGUUUUCUGAUCUCAUUAAAGCUUACAUUUCGUAACUCAGGCUGAGGAAUGAGAAUUCACUUGUUCUAAUUGUCUGUAUAUGUAACAGUGAUCAGAUGAACUCGCAUGCUUCAUUGCCGUUGGCACGCUUGUAUAUGUACUCGAUGUUUGUACGUAUGUCGGAUCUGUGUUACCUUUUUCUUUCC